ACUGGGAUUGGAGUGGGGACAUACAGAGGCACGUUGAGACUCUGAAGGACAGCCAGGCCAAGAUGUUGGGAAAAGGAUUCGCCGGUGGUAGUGGAGGUGGAGGAUACCCGGCGGCCAACUCUUCCGGAGAACCCCUGCAGAGUGGCAAUCCAGCCAACAACGUCAACAACCAGAAAGGAGCGUUCUUCGACAGCCUGCCGCCUGCUGGUAUUGGUCAGACUGGGCAGCCGGGUCAAGCCGGGCAGGCCGGACUACAUCAGAACCAGCCGAACCAGCAGAACCAGCAGAACCAGCAGCUCUUCCUGAGCCCCGCUGGCCUCCAGCUUGCUCAACUGCAGGCCCAGCUCACCCUCCACCGCCUUAAGUUGGCCCAGGGCGGCGUGGGAGGCAACGCAGCCAGCGCUGCCAGUGCUGCCUCUGCCGCCACGGUCCUGAACCAGGUCCUGUCCAAUGUGGCCAUGUCCCAGCCCCUGUUGAAUCAGCUCCGCUCAUCCGCCAUGGUGGGGAACCCCCAAGGGGCCUUCCCGAACGGGGGCCUGGGCUUCCCCAAUUCCAACUCGACGCUGGGGGCACUGGUGGGGGGAGCCUUCAACCAGAACCUCGGGAACGUGGGUCUGAACAACUACGGCGGGGGCUCAGCCAUGGGCCAACAGGGUGGGGGGGACUACGGCAAGAAGACGGGGUACCCUGCCGACACGGACAGGCGCAUGCAGUACGGGGGCUUCCAGGGCGGGACGUCCAUAGCCACGAGUAAGGCCGGGGACGGGCAGUACACGUCCACAAACACCCAGGCGAAAAUCGCAAACAACGGCGGGUUCCACCGAGAGUACUACGGCCAGGAGAUGCAGGGAAAACAGUCUGGGUUUUGCGGCGGUGAACAGAAGGUCGGUUCUUAUCCCGGCGCCGGACUUAAGGAGCCUUGGAAGGGAAACGCCGGCAACCUGUGCCACACCGGGAAGAUGGACACGUCCGCCAACGCCAAAGGGUGGAAUUCAUCCGGGCAGCCGAGCCGUUCCCGAGCUGACCUGUACAAUCCAGAGGAGCCUACCUUGGACCCAAAGUUCACCACAGGAGGGGCGGGCGCCGCGUUCCCAAGUGGACCUCAGGGGUUUAUGGGCUUCCCGCCGAUGCAGGGCGGGGAGGAUCCACUGUCUGGGGGGGCCAGAACCCUUCAGUCGCAUCAGGUCAACGAUUACCUCGGGACCAUUCCUUCCCAUCUGCCGCACCAGUGCACCAUCUGUGAGAAGAAGGUCUACAACCACAAGGACUGGGAUCAGCACGUGAAGGGAAAGCUCCACCUGCAGAACCGUUCUCUGUACGCCACUGAGGGCAGCGCGGCGGGGCUAACUUCCGGAGCUGAGCACCACACAGUCAGCGGCGCGUCCAACGGAGCUCCGAACACGGCGGUCAAUAACUCAAUGGUCUACUCUGCCCCCGGUCAAGAUGUGUCCUCAGGCACCAAUUUGCCCUACUUACCAGCUGCAGGAAUGAAGAGUUACCCCAUGGCAGCCGUCGGAUUUACCUUACACCAGCCGGGGGCAAAGCCGUUUCCACCCAGGAAGUCCACGCCGGGACGGGUCGUCCACAUCUGCAACCUCCCAGAGGGGAGCUGCACCGAGACUGAUGUCAUCAACUUGGGACUGCCCUUCGGGAAGGUCACCAACUACAUCCUCAUGCGCUCAACAAGCCAGGCCUUUCUGGAGAUGGCCUUUGUGGAGGCAGCUCAGGCCAUGGUGCAGUACUACCAGUUGACACCUGCCAUGAUUAACGAUCAAAAGCUCCUGAUUCGGAUGUCCAAGCGAUACAAGGAACUCCAGCUGAAGAAACCAGGAAAGGAUGUGGACACUAUUAUUUAUGGUAUCAACUCCCAGAGAGUGCGAGGGGAGAUGCCGGAGCCUGAACACUACGUCCCGGAGAGGGCUCGCUCCAGGAGUCCCAUCAGCCGCUCCCUGAGCCCGCGCUCCCACAGCCCCAGCUUCACCUCCUGCAGCUCCGCCCACAGCCCCCCGGGGGGGCCCGCCGGCCGGGGGGCCAACAACGGCCAGGGCCCUCGCCGCGGCUCCUGGGACUGGAGCUGCCAGCAGCGCGGCCGGGGCGAGGAGGAGAGGGAGCGGGAGAGGGACGAGCAGCACUGGAGGAACGGGACGGGCGGCGAGGAGGACUGGAGCGGCGGAGGGGACUGCGAGGGAGGAGGAGGAGGAGGAGGAGGAGGAGACGGGAUGAGGGGCGGCAGAGACAACUGGUACCCCCGGGGCAGCCCUCAGGGAAUGCCCUUCAACUCCUACAGGAACCAAGAGGAGGACUUCUAUCCAAAGGAGCAGGGCUACAAGACGGAGAAGCCCCCCAGGGCGCCGUAUCAGAGGCACGAGGCCAAGCCCCGGAGGAGGGACGGCCCCGGGGACUACCACAGCCGCACCCGGCAUUCCGAGUCGGACAUGACAGAGGAGAUGUGUUCCAGAACGCCGGAAGACAGGAGGCAGAGUUCACCGGGAAGAGGAAGGAGCAAAAAGACAAGUCGGAGGCAUGGCCCCAAGGAGAAGCAGGAGAGCCAACCCGCUCCUGGGAAUCCUGCAGGGAAUACUGCUGGGAAUACUGCUGGGAAUACUGCUGGGAAUACUGCCGGGAAUACUGCCGGGAAUACUGCUGGGAAUACUGCCGGGAAUAAGGCUGGGAAUACUGGCAACCAGUUGAAGGAAAGAUCGUCUUCUCCUCAGCAAAGCAGAGCAGAAGCAAACCAAAAAGUGGUUACAGCAUGUGUGAAGGAAAAUCAAGUGGAGGUGUGCGAGGAGAGCGGCGAGGACACGGAGGGCGAUUGCUGGUACCCCGGCAACAUGGAGGAGCUGGUGACCGUGGACGAGGUGGGCGGCGAGGACGACUCCAUCGUGGAGCCCGACCUGCCCGAGCUGCUGGAGGGGAGCUCCUGCUCCGGGGACCAGCAGGACCCGGGCCGAGAGCUACAGGCCGCCGCCGCCGCCGCCGCCGCCGCCGCCGCCCCCCCCGCACCGCGAGACGUCCCAGAGCAAGAGAAGAGCCCUGAGCCCUCCGAACCAGCGGCCCCCGCUGGUUCGGAGCUCCUCCCCCCCAGGGAGGAGCUCCUGGAGGUCCGUCCCCAGACGGGGGCGGCGUCGGAGGUGGAGGUGGAGGUGGUGGCGGAGGAGGAGGAGGAGGAGGAGCCGGUCCAGAUGGAGGCCCCUGCGCAGCCGCUCCACGCGCUGAACGACUUCCCGGGCCAGGAGCUGAAGGCGGCCCUGGAGGAGGCCCGCGCUGAGGUCCGAGCGGAGGAGAGCUCCGCGCCGUCGGAACAGGAGCAGGCGGCCGGCGCAUCCGAGGACAGCAUGGUCCAGGACGCGGCCCCCACCCCCGAGACAAAUAUUAAGGAAACCCAGCACAAAGAGGAAGCUCCUAAAAUGGGUGUCCAUAACAUCACAAACAACCUGUAUCAGACGCGGUCAGAGAUCGAAGGUCACUCGCCGACGCGAGAACAGGACCGGGUCAUCAGUGAGCACAGCAUUCCUCUAGGGGUGGAGUUCAUCGUGCCGAGAGCCGGGUUUUUCUGUAAGCUGUGUGGCCUCUUCUACACCAGUGAGGAGACGGCCAAGACGGCCCACUGCCGCAGCACCGUGCACUACAGGAACCUGCAGAAAUACCUGACAGAGCUGGCAGAGGAGAGUCUGCUGGGGGCAAUGACACAGCAGCCAUAUUCAGAAUGACCUCAGCCACCUGUGACCUCGCACCUGUGCUUUCUGAUCAUCAGACUCUCACAAUGUGUUUGGAUUGGUUCUCUUGUUACCUUACCCGUAUAUAGUGUACACUUUAAAUGACGUAUAGCUGGGAUUAUGACACUUACCAAGCACUGCAAAUCUAUCGGUGUGCCGUGUAUUGUUCGCAUAAACAAGCGUGCGAGUGUUGUAGUAUUUGCAUGUGUGCAGACCAUCUUAAUUGAGUGAAUGCGAUGGUAAUGGUAACCGCUAUGCAUCAUGGGAUAGAAGUGAAAUAAGUGCAUAUUUAGCACACUUCUUUUCUGGUGCAUUAUGGGUAUUCGGUAUUGCACUAUAUAGGGAACCAGAUUUGUACACUCAAAUUUCGGACAGCACUACAAAAUAGUGACGCCACAAAUAGGGCACUAUAUCGGGCAUGACUAAGUCAACCAAUUGGAACACGGCAUCAGAGUCUGCUUGGUCUAUGAAAGGCUAUACAAGACGGACUAAACUCAAAAGUGGGAAUGUUUAAUAUUGGCAAAACUUGCUGGUCUAUUUACUGGACAAAGUGCUUAAGGGAGGAAAAACUUAAGAAUAUCUUAUUUGUCGUGAAUCUUUUACAAUAACAAAAGAUUCAUUUAUUUUAAGGGAUUCAGUGCCUUAAUUUUGUGCCUUAUAAGCAAUUUUGUAAUUUAUUUUAAAUGUGUAAUAUGGCAUUGAAGCUCAACUCCAAAUAGUUACAAUUUCAAUCGAAUACUGACAAAAAAAACUGCAGGGAGAUCAGCGAUUAUUUAAUGUUAUCAUACAUGUUGUGAAAAUAGUGGUGUUAUGAAUUUCAUUUUUAUGGAGAGAUAAUGCGAUGAAUCUUUGAAAAUAUAUGAUCCUAGCAAUUUGAUAAUACAUUGUGAGUGGCAAAGAUGACUUGUAAUUAUAUUAUACAAAAUGGUUUUACUCAGUUGACGAAACUGAGAUCAGUUCUCAGGUUUUAUUGCAUUUGUUAAAAGCAAUUUAAUGUGGCAGCAUAGAUGUGUAUAUUAUAGUUCAAAACAUGGGCCUUCUCUUCUUAUUUCUUCAGUCCCUUUAUUUAGUUUACUGGAAUAACUCAUUUAUUUAAAUAAUUUAUUUAAAAAGAAUUCGGUUUUUUUUUGGUGUUGGCUCUUGAACUCGAAUCCCAAGAGGAUGUUUAUAAUGUGUGUCAUUAUUUGAACGCCUUAAGAGGAACUCAAACUGGACCAUGUGUUUAUUGAAAUGAACAAUGCUUCUAACAGAUGCGAUAGUGAACACCAUUUGUGUUUGAUUAUCUGUUUUAUACACUGUGAAUUCUGAUCCUUCAAUGCCAAAGAUCUUUUUCUGGGAAAACCUUUUCAUAUUAAUGUUUCUGAUGGAUAAAUAAAAUGACUUUAAUAAAUGUUUUAAAGAUGGUGCUUAUCUUUGUUGGACAUGUUUGUAAUAAAGAGAGCAGAGCUAUAUUUCAGAAUAAAAUGCCAAACAUAAUCAUAAUUACCAUGCACAGAAGGCUAUGUUUUUAGACACACAGCCUACAAAAUAAAAACACAAUAUAUCAGAGAUGUUUGAACAUAGAAGUAGUAAGUAAGUCUUAUCAUGUAUUCACAUACAUUCUGACAGGCCUCUCUUGUUGAUACUGUAGCCACUAUUUAGUUUAUAUUUAAAUAACGAAAAACAAAGGCCAUGUAAUAAAUAUUCUCAUAUCAAUAUAUUUUAUCUGCAUUGGCCGACCUUACCACGACAGACCCACUAAUACUAAAUAGUAAAGAUACUUGAUGUUAUUAUCAUAUUUAGUGGGUUUCUGUUCGUACGGAUUGCGGUUGCUAAUUUACAUUAAAAAAAUGAAUAUAUUUUUUUUUGGGUUGUUCGGGUUGGGAAACUAAAUGCAAUUCAAUUUAGAUGCAAAAUACGUGAUACCAGUAAUGUAAAAUACAUAAUAUUAUGAUUAAUAAAUAAUAAUAAUAACAAUGCAAAUACUUACUGUGAUAUAAAUUAUAUAUCUUGCUUUUAUCUCAUCUUAUUCCAGAUUGAAAAACAUCUGCGUAGACUAGAGUAUAUAGCCUAAAGGAGAAGGUACAGUGAGUCUGACACUUGUAUUGUCCAAGAACGCCCCCAUGCGCUGACACAGAGAACCAACUGCACACAAAGGGGGCGGUCGUGGACAAGUUGUUCUCUCUGUAAACACUCUAUACUCUGUACAUAAUGUUCCUUCUGAUACCCUAUUCGUUUUUUGUUUUGUUUUUACAUUAAAAUAAUAUCACCCAUUCGUACCUUUACCCUCAUGAAACUUCUUCUAAAUAUUAUUUUAAAUACCUUUCGCUAAACCUAUUUCUGGCGGUUUUCCACCUAUUUCUAAUGGAAAGAGUAUCCAAAUAAGUCUACUCA